GUGAAAUGGACAGAAAGGGAUAACAAUGACGGCUUGAAGCUAGAAUGGUAUACAGCCAUCAUCAAGAACUACACCAAGGUGCUGGAUGCUAUAGAAACUGAGUAUGUCAGCGAGCCAGGAAAGGUGUACAAAGUACAUGUCAAAGAUGGUGUGGAAAAAGGAACCCUACGUCUACAUGUCACUACAUGUGAGGUGGCGGACCUUUACGACCAAGUAACUGAAAUUAGGACAUCUAUUUUGAUCAAAUGGAUGGAGGAGGAAGUUAAGGAGAGUGGCUUGAAGGCUGGCUGGUACGAAGCAGAAGUCCAGGCCUUUGAACCAAAUAUAGAUGAAAUAACUAUCAUUUACAAAAGAGAGCCAACAGUUGUCUGUACCAAAUGUGUCACUCACAUAAUAUCCCACGGAAAAGUGAAGAAAACAAAAUGAUCAAACUGUUGACAUAUUCUCCAGAUUGGGCGACCUUCUUAGUUGCAAAACUCUUUAGUUACAUUACAUUUGUUUUUCAGUCAGGACUUUGAAAUUCAUUUAUUCACCAUUUCAUUACCCUUUGUCUUGAGAUGAUAGUUUUUCGUCAGAUUCAUUGUAAUGUGUAUGUGCGAUUUAUACAAAUAAAGCCAAGAGCAUGGGCGUGUUAGAGGACUCUCUUUGGACAGUCACCUAUCAGUUUUUAGAGGCAGGCUUGACUUGAGAGUUCGAACCUUUUUUCCUUUGUUUCGUGGUUGCCUAACUGGCUUAACUCUGUAGUUUUGUCCAACUUUUGUAACCCCUGUCUUUUGUGUUCUGCCCAUCGGGGCUUCGUUUUUGGGUCGGUCACCCCUCCCUUUUCUGACCCUGUCCAUCAGGUUUUAACUUUGUUUGGUUGCUUGUAUUUGAUCAUUUCAAGUACCAUGGUUCGCCCUGGUUUUCGUCGCACCGUCAGAAUUGAUGUUCCACGUAUUGCAGCUGAUAAUACAUGGGUUGAAGUUUGUUUUUUGAUUGUUGAGCGUUUUGAGGGAAUGACCAUUCCUGCAAUUCAAUUUGUGGGUACUGUAGCCAAAGUGACUUCCGAUUCUGAAGCUACCAAAAGAUGGGUUCUGCAGCAUGAGUCGGUUGUAUUGAUCAGGAAGAAUUGUACUAUCCAGGGAAGUGGCCUCUGCCCUCGGAGGGUUUUGGUAUAUCAUUACCAUUUUGAGGCAGACGAUUCUGCCCUUGCAUAUGAUUUAGAUACCCUUGGCUUAGUUCAGAGUGUUCAUCACCGAAGAUUUGCUACGGUGUGUGCACAGUAACUCUGAUUCACUCUCGUCAUAUCCCUCAAAAUUUGGCUAUAGGCAAUUACGAUGAUCAAAUUGUUUAAGUAGGUCACCCCACGGAGUGGGAUCUAUGUGAAAAGGGGAUCAUAUUGCAGGGGAAACUACUGCUCUAUUUGGGGAAAAUGUCGCAAGUAUCUGAGUACAAUAAUAAUUUUGCCCAUGAUUGCCCAAAUGACUACCCUGUGUCAACCAGUGCUGUCAGUGCAUCGGAAAUAACUGACCUGCGGGCUAUUAGUUAGAUGAGUUACAAAGCCAGAGCCAGUCAGUACUGGCUGCUUUGACUGGCGGUGAAGCUAAUGCAGAGAAUUCUGGUGAGACCAGUGAUACUGCCUUCUCUGUUGAGUAUAGUGAGUGUGAGGAACCCGGUUUUAAAUACCCUGCUCUUGUGAUUGCUCAGGCUGCUCCUACUGCUGUUUGGGUUGUAAAUAGUAAACCUAAAGAAAGUAGUAAUAAGCAAAGUAAAACAAAGCAAACGAAUAUUAAAGUAAGUAAUGUAGAAGAAAGUAAUGUAGUGGAAAUUAAUCUGGAGCAAGGUAAAGUAGAUGAAAUGCAAAUAACUAAAGUAAAGCGAAGUAAUGUAGUACAAAGUAUUGUACAUUGAAGCAUAAAAUGUAAUGUGAUACAUAGAAAGUAAUGUGAGGAAGUUGCUAAGGCAGCUCCUCAUCUGUCAGUUCUCUCCCGGUAAUCUCACAUAAGAAGAUGCAUCUGUCUCUGAUAACCACUGUAAAACGGACUUUGACUCCUGCUGCUCGGGUAUCUGCUGAUAAGACUUUGCUUGGUCAUCCCCUCAAGCACAAAAUAAAUAAUCACGAGCCAUCGCGUCUCCUUUUCCUCGCUUAUUAUGGCUUUGUCCUUUGUUCCUCUCAAUGUUAAUGGUCUGUGUUAUCGUAAUAUGCUGAGUGUUGUUGUUAGGUAGUGGCAGUCCUUGCCUUUUUCUGUCAAUAUUGAGAGUGGACUGGUCAGAGCUUAUCUGGUCUCUUUUCUAGAGAUGGCAUUUAGUCAAGGAAGUGCAAUUACGUCUCUGAUAUCAACCAAUAAAAUCCAAGUAGUACCUGUUUCCUUGGAAAAGGAUGGCUUCACGCCGAAUGCGAUACUGUCAAUAUUAGGUGAAAAGGAAGUGUAUUCCUUAGAUUAUGCUAAGAACAACCCUACCCUGCCACACGAAUCCUUAAGAGAGAAAUUUGCAAUGAAAGAGCAGACAAUGGGUAUGAUGGCCCUCGACAACAAGGUCGCGAUUAUCAUUGGUAAUGAUUUCGUGGGACCGACUAGUUCU